UGUGCGCGUGCGCAUCAGGCUGCCUCGCUGUGAUGUUUCGGCCUGUUUCGGCACUAGCCGGACAUUUUCGCCUCUUUGUUUUACUGAUAGUGGAUUUAACUCGGAUUCAAUCCAAUAUCCAGCGGACCGCUGUGGCAAUAAACAGCUGUGUGAGGUGGAGCACAGGAUGCAGAGUUAACGCCACCCUGUGUCUCCCAGAAGAAUCCUGGCUGCCGGAUCCUCAAAAGUAGACACAUGGCGGCAUUAGGGAACCCCGAGAUGUUAACCCGAAAGAUUAAACUGUGGGACAUCAAUGCCCACAUAACCUGCCGUCUGUGUGAGGGGUACCUGAUCGACGCCACAACGGUCACCGAGUGCUUACACACCUUUUGCAGGAGCUGUUUGGUGAAAUACCUGGAGGAAAACAACACAUGUCCCACGUGUCGGAUUGUCAUUCAUCAGAGCCAUCCACUGCAGUACAUCGGACAUGACCGAACAAUGCAGGAUAUCGUGUAUAAAUUGGUGCCAGGUUUGCAAGAAGCCGAGAUGAAGAAACAGAGAGAGUUUUAUCAGAAAUUAGGCAUGGAGGUGCCUGGAGACAUUAAAGGAGAACUGUGCAACACAAAAACCCUUCCUGACGCACAGCGGAAUGGUGACCAGAAACCAGAUGAUCCGUCCAAUAAGGAUGCAGCAGAGGAGAAGGCGGAAGAGGACAAUGAUUACCAUCGGAGUGAUGAGCAGGUGAGUAUCUGUCUGGAGUGUAACAGCAGUAAACUCCGAGGACUCAAGCGGAAAUGGAUACGAUGUUCAGCCCAGGCCACGGUUCUCCAUCUCAAGAAGUUCAUCGCAAAGAAGCUCAACCUGACGUCCUUUAAUGAGCUGGACAUCUUAUGCAAUGAAGAAAUAUUGGGCAAGGACCAUACACUGAAAUUUGUUGUGGUAACAAGAUGGAGGUUUAAGAAAUCCCCCCUCCUCCUGCAUUACAGACCCAAAAUGGAUUUGCUGUAGUCGGACAAAAAAAAAAGGUUGGUUGUUUCUGGCCCGGUGGCCCGGGACUGUGCUUCACACUAUAUAUGCAGAGACCAUCAACGUCCACACCAAACAAAAGCCCAACGCAGAUACGAGCCAGCAAACAACAAGGAUCACGGCUACCGUGACACUGGCGGCCUAUGGGAACAACCGCUUUGGUCCGUUGUGUCCGCUAUAUGUCCUAGAUAUGUGAAAAAUUAAGAGAAAGCAUAUAUUUAUACUUUUGUAUAGACGAGCGAAGUGGAACCAAGACCCUAUUGGUGCGCUGUUUACACAUUAAAACAAAAAUACAAAAAAAUAGGGGGUAAAGAAAAUGGUUUAACAUUUUUUUUCUACCAUUUGGACUUCGUUUCGAACUCAACUACGGGCAAAACGAUGGUGCUCGGGAUCUGUCAUUCUCCGUGGAAGUGUCGUCUUACACUGCUAACCAGAGGAGAUGCCGCGUUUCAAACGGACCGUUCUCUCUCUCAGGUCUCAACCAACACUUCUCGGGAGCGCAGAGCCUUUUUAUGCUUAUAUAUGAGUUGUGUAUUAUCUCAUUCUUUACUUUCAGCGUCGCUACAAGUGGAAUUGUGAAUAGGCAAAUUUAUGUGUAGUAUUUAUGUUCUAUUUACCAAUAUUGUAUAUAAAAGUUGUUAACAGAGAGAAGGAAUAAGAGGUGUGAUGAAAAAGUAUGUAAAAGAUUAAAGGUUAGAGAGAAAUAGAGACUUGGUUUUUCCAAAAGUGCUAUAUUUUGGGCAGCGUUAAACAUGAAUUCCAGCCAGAUUUCAUCUUUUCCUUAAUUUAGACAUCUCAUGUGAUUAUAAAUUAAACAGGAUUUGGAAAGCCAAAGUGCUAUCUGAAUCCUUAAUUUACGCCCAAAAUUGUGUAAUGAUGCAUCCCUGAUAUCUUCUAUAUAUAUAAAUAUGUAUGUGCAUCCUUUGAUUGAAAUCCCGCCUCAAUGUCAUAUAUGCAAUGUAUCAGACUGUCAGAUCUCCAUUCCUCUGCAGUACGAAUGUAUCCCACAUAUAACCGUCCAUAAUGUAUAGCUUUCUGUUUUAUUGCUGUCUUUAGUGCCAAAGGCUCAUUCCUGACUUUAUUACACUUUAUUUCUGUAUAUGGCAAGCUGUGCGUAUGGCAGAAUGCAUAAAUGAAUAACGAUUAACCUGAAUUUGAUACAGAUGAAUAUAGCGAUCGAAAUGAUUUGGUGAUAAUUGGCCUUUUUAAUUGAUUUUGUUUUGUCUUUAUGAGCCCUUAUUGAAGUUUGUAAUAUUUUGGGUCCUUUGUAGCCGUCCACCUAUUCAAACUCUUUCCAGUUGAUCAAAUUUUUAAGGGCUCUCACCAGAUUUGUAACAACAAUGCAUUAUUUCGAGUUUUAUGAAGAGAUGACGUUUUAUAAAAACAGUUCUGCUCGCUGUAGCGGGCAACUUUUACACGGGUAAAUGCCAAACCAGCUUGACCAGGUCUUUCUGGUUCACUUCAAAGUUAUUCCAGAAAUAUCAACCUUUUAUAUUAUUUCAUAGAAUCGCUCACCUUUGAAAUGUUUCAUCUUCUUCCUCGGUGUCUUAUAAUGUGAAUUAUUUCAGCGUGCAUCCCAGCUUCAACUUUUUUAAAGCUGCAAAUUGCCGACUGCAGGUCUUUUACAUGCAUAUUUUUAUUUAAUGCCUCUGUCUUGUAUAUUCUCCAGAAUUGGGCAUGGAUGUCUAUGUCGGGGCUUGAACGCUGGUGUUCGAUUUCAUUUGAGCCAAAAACAUGGUGCUAAUGUUUUGUACCUUUUAAAAAUAAAAACUCAACAUGGUGCA